AUGUCUAUUGAUGAAGUUUCAGCAUCAACUCUUUCUGCUCCAAUCCAAAAUGCUGAACUGCCUGAAAUCAAUCGUCGGUCGGCAGGUUAUCAUCCCAGCAUCUGGGGUGACCAUUUUCUCUCAUAUGCCUCAAACAUUAAUAAGGAGGAAGAUUAUGAUAGGGAGGAAGAGCAUCAGAAGCUGAAAAAUGAAUUACAGAAGAUGCUAAUGGCUGAGGUUGAUAAACCUUCGGAAAAGCUUAAGUUGAUUGAUGCAAUCCAACGCCUAGGAGUUUCUUAUCAUUUUGAAAAAGAGAUUGAACAAGUCCUGCAGUUGGUCUACAAUGGUUGUGAUAUUGGGGCCAAUGAUGGGAACCUUUAUACCAUUUCUCUCAAAUUUCGCCUGCUUCGACAAAAUGGCUAUAAAAUGUCAUGUGAAGCCUUUAACAAAUUCAAAGACAGUGAAGGAAAGUUGAAGGAAUCCCUUAUCAAUGAUGUUCAAGGAAUGUUAGGCUUGUAUGAGGCCACACAUCUAAGGGUGCAUGGGGAAGACAUCCUGGAUGAAGCUCUUGCUUUCACUACUACUCACCUUGAGACCAUGGCUACCAGCUGCUUGAACUCUUCUCUUGCAGCACAAAUAAGUCAUGCUUUAAAGCAACCUAUCCACAAAGGUUUGCCAAGGCUUGAGGCCAGGCAGUACAUGCCUAUCUAUCAAGAAGACCCUUCUCAUAAUGAAGCUGUAUUAACCUUUGCAAAGUUAGAUUUCAAUAUGCUGCAGAUGAUGCACCAGAAAGAACUUAGUGAAAUCGCAAAGUGGUGGAAAGACUUGGAUUUCUUGAGGAAACUACCUUUUAUCAGAGAUCGAGUGAUAGAGUGCUACUUUUGGAUAUUGGGAGUGUACUUUGAGCCCGAAUAUCGGUUGGCUAGAAGGAUAUUAACCAAAGUGAUUGCCUUGACUUCAGUUAUUGAUGACAUCUAUGAUGUGUAUGGCACUCUUGAAGAACUUGUUCUCUUUACUAAAGCAGUUGAGAGGUGGGAUAUAUCUGAAAAAGAUCACCUUCCGGAGUACAUGCAAAUUUGUUAUCAGGCAUUGCUAGAUGUUUACAAAGAAAUUGAAGAGAAAAUGACAGAACAAGGAAAAUUAUACCGCCUUGAUUAUGCAAAAGAAGCUGUAAGCCAACUGAUUAUUUUGUUUUUGGUUGCUCAGAUGAAAAAUCAAGUUAGAGCAUACUGUGUUGAAGCUGAAUGGUUCCAUAACCACCAUGUACCGACAAUGGAGGAGUACAUGCCAGUAGCAUUAGUCACCUGUGGCUAUUCAAUGCUUGCAACCACAUCUUUUGUUGGAAUGGGAGAUGUUGCAACUGAAGAAGCUUUCGCAUGGUUGUUUAGUGAACCCAAGAUAGCUACUGGCGCUUCCAUUGUCAACAGACUCAUGGAUGACAUUGUGUCCCACAAGGUACAAACUUCACUAUUUUCAAUUUCUUGAAUGAUCAAUUGCCUUAAAAAC